GGAUUCUGGGCCAGUGGCGAAGUCUCCGUGGCUUCUGCUGGGCUGCAGAGAAGACAGAAACGCCUGGUGCCCCGGGAAGGGGCGUCACCCGGGGGGAGGAGGAGCAGCAGGAGGAGGUGCAGGGGAAGAGACACCCUCUCUGCCCGAGACCUCUCCAGGCUCUGACCUCAGGGGCUAAGGGACUAACUGGAGAGGGAAGCGAGGUCCCUCUACCUGGCCUGCCUGAAGAGGCCACGACCCUGGAGGACCCUGAGCCCACCGCACCAGACGGUCCCAGCACCACCUCGGGGACCUAAAGCAACAAUCUCAGACCACUGCAAGGUUUCCAGUUGCCUAGACAACGGGCCCCGGGGGCAGAGCAACAGCUCUUCCAGUACCUGCCUCGACUGCAGCCUCGGGCACCAGCCCCAGUCCCCAGCCUGCCCACCAUCCCUGGUGACAUGCCGGUGCUCUCCACUCCACGGUCUUCGCGGGUGACCACGCUGAAGCGCACGGCCGUGGUCCUGGCCCUCACGGCCUAUGGAGUCCACAAAAUCUACCCUCUGGUGCGGCAGUGUCUCACUCCUGCCAGGGGCCCUCAGGUACCAGCUGGGGAGCCCACACAAGAGGCCCCUGGGGCCACAGCAGCCAAGGCUGGCAUGAACCGGGUGUUCCUGCAGCGGCUCCUGGUGCUCCUGCGCCUACUGUUCCCCCAAGUCUUGUGCCGGGAGACCGGGCUCCUGGCACUGCACUCGGCUGCCCUGGUAAGCCGGACUUUUCUGUCGGUGUAUGUGGCCCGCCUGGAUGGACGGCUGGCCCGCUGCAUCGUCCGCAAGGACCCUCGGGCCUUCAGCUGGCAGCUGCUGCAGUGGCUCCUUAUUGCCCUUCCAGCCACCUUCGUCAACAGUGCCAUCCGCUACCUGGAGGGCCAGCUGGCUCUGUCUUUCCGUAGCCGUCUGGUGGCCCAUGCCUACAGCCUCUACUUCUCCCAGCAGACCUACUACCGAGUGAGCAACAUGGAUGGGCGACUUCGCAACCCCGACCAAUCUCUGACGGAGGAUGUGGUGGCCUUUGCUGCGUCUGUAGCCCACCUGUACUCCAACCUGACCAAGCCGCUCCUGGACGUGGCUGUCACUUCCUACACCCUGCUUCGAGCGGCCCGCUCCCGUGGAGCUGGCACGGCCUGGCCCUCGGCCAUCGCUGGCCUCGUGGUGUUCCUCACGGCCAACGUGCUGCGCGCCUUCUCUCCCAAGUUUGGGGAGCUGGUGGCAGAGGAGGCACGGCGAAAGGGAGAGCUGCGCUACAUGCACUCUCGUGUGGUGGCUAACUCCGAGGAAAUCGCCUUCUAUGGGGGCCACGAGGUGGAGCUAGCACUGCUGCAGCACUCCUACCGGGACCUGGCCUCCCAGAUCAACCUCAUCCUGCUAGAACGCCUGUGGUAUGUCAUGCUGGAGCAGUUCCUCAUGAAGUAUGUGUGGAGUGCAUCAGGCCUGCUCAUGGUGGCUGUUCCCAUCAUCACAGCUACUGGCUACUCAGAGUCAGACUCAGAGGCCAUGAAGAAAGCAGCCUUGGAGAAGAAGGAAGAGGAGCUGGUGAGUGAGCGAACAGAAGCCUUCACCAUCGCCCGCAACCUCCUCACGGCUGCUGCAGAUGCCACCGAGCGGAUCAUGUCAUCCUACAAGGAGGUGACAGAGCUGGCUGGAUACACCGCCCGGGUACACGAGAUGUUCCAGGUAUUUGAAGAUGUCCAGCACUGUCGUUUCAAGAGGCCAGGGGAGUUUGAAGACGCUCACGCUGGGACUGGAGCCCUGGUACGAUCUGGUGUCCGUGUGGAGGGUCCCUUGAAAAUUCAAGGCCAGGUGGUGGAUGUGGAGCAGGGCAUCAUCUGUGAGAACAUCCCCAUCAUCACACCCACAGGAGAGGUGGUGGUGGCCAGCCUCAACAUCAAGGUGGAAGAAGGCAUGCACCUGCUCAUCACAGGCCCCAACGGCUGUGGCAAGAGCUCCCUGUUCCGGAUCCUGGGUGGGCUAUGGCCCACUUACGGCGGUGUGCUCUACAAGCCCCCACCCCAGCGCAUGUUCUAUAUCCCUCAGAGGCCCUACAUGUCCGUGGGCUCCUUGCGUGACCAGGUGAUCUACCCUGACUCGGUGAAGGACAUGCGGAGGAAGGGCUACUCAGAGCAGCAGCUGGAAGCCAUUCUGAAUAUCGUGCAUCUCCACCACAUCCUGCAGCGGGAGGGAGGUUGGGAAGCUGUUUGUGACUGGAAGGAUGUCCUGUCUGGGGGCGAGAAACAGAGGAUUGGCAUGGCCCGCAUGUUCUACCACAGGCCAAAGUACGCCCUCCUGGAUGAGUGCACGAGUGCUGUGAGCAUUGACGUAGAAGGCAAGAUCUUCCAAGCUGCCAAGGACGCGGGCAUUGCACUGCUCUCCAUCACCCACCGGCCCUCUCUCUGGAAGUACCAUACACACUUACUGCAGUUUGAUGGAGAGGGAGGCUGGAAGUUUGAGAAGCUAGACUCAGCCGCCCGCCUGAGCCUGACAGAGGAGAAGCAGCGGCUGGAGCAGCAGCUAGCCGGCAUGCCCGAGAUGCAGGGCCGCCUCCAGGAGCUCCGCCAGAUCCUGGGGGAGGCCGCAGCGCCAGGGCAGCCCCCAGAAGCCAGCUUGCCAGGCCCUGGCAUUCCAAGCUGACCAGGACUUGGUCCCCAGCUCGGCCUGACCCAGGCUAUCGGAUCACAUGAAGGAAGCAGCAGUACCCGUGCUCCCGACCUGCCCCGUUGCCCUGCAUGCCUUUCCCUCGCAGGCCUCUUGACCACCUUCCCAUCCUUUCCUGAUCACCCCCACCGUCAGGCAAGUGGAUAUGAGUGGUGGCUUCCCAUUCCCAGCCUGGCCUCACCCUGGGGUCUGCUCCAUGAACUGUGCCCUGUUUUUAGGGCAGCAAGUCCUUUUCUCUAGGGAGGGUUGUGGGGCUUAGGGGGCCCAGUGCUGACCCCAUACAAGUAUGGAUGAGCCAUAGGAAGCAAGCAGGGACCCCCACUACUCCUCACCUUAUUGUCACCAGCCAGAGUCUACGGCAAGCCUGGUGAUUGUGGGUUGCAUCCCUCCUGACACUCAAGUCCUUGUCAUUCCCUUUGAUUCCUCAGACCCCAAGAUCCUGUAGGCAACCCCUAGGGUGGUCAAAGGCCCCGUCCCACAGUACACCAUGGGAGUAGCCAAAUGGGGUCCAGAGUCAGACCCUGAACCUGUCCUUCCUCGCCAUAACCCCCAGAAGGACCCAGUGCUCGCCCUGAGCCACAAGAAGAAUGUAGCCUCGACCCUACCACUCCCUCUGCCUUCUCCCACAGCCUAAUUUAUUGGAGUCCCUGUUUAGAGCUGUCUCCGUUGCCAAUUAGAGCACCCUGCCAGCACAGGAGGUGGCCCGGCGGUCCCUUCAGGCUGCCCAGCCUCUGGUGCCAAACCUGGCCUCUGCCAGCCUACACUGCCAGCUGCCACUGGGGGGUGCCCUCUACCUUCCAGGCGGGAGUGAGGGUGCCAUGUUCCCAGCUCAGUGCCAAAGAGGGGUCACAGGGUGCACUGUCUCUGCCAGGCCAGCCCUCCCUGGGGGAGACCCCACCGCCGCUGUGUGCCUUUCCUGGGCCCUCAGCCCUCUGGCCGGGUCGCCCGCCCCUCAGUUCCCUCAAUAAAAACCUGUGGAAAGUA